AUGCUCCCCACCCCCUCCACCUCCCACGUCCCCUACGCCCGCGUCUACGAGCCAGCCGAAGACUCCUUCCUCCUCCUCGACACGCUCUCCUCCCCCUCCGAAACCGCCUUCCUCGCCACCCGCUUCCCCACCACCACCACCACUCCAACCACCACAGCCACCACCACCCCUUCUCCGAGUCCCACCCCCCUGAUCCUCGAAAUCGGCCCCGGCUCCGGCGUCGUGCUGGCCUUCCUGACCGCCCACGCCAACACCCUCUUCUCCCGGCGCGACGUGCUCACCCUCGGCAUCGACGUCAACCGCUUUGCGUGCGCGGCGACUCGUGAGACCGUCCUUCGUGCGGUGAGGGAUGACGCGCUACCGUUAGAGACAACACUGGUGGAGGGGGAGGGGGGUGCGGAUGCGGAUGGGGUUGGAAGGGGGGUUGCGACUGGAGCGGGGUACCACCUGGGCACGGCGCAGGGGGAUUUGGUUGGGGCGGUGCGGGCGGGCAGCGUGGAUGUGCUGGUGUUCAACCCGCCGUAUGUGCCGACGCCGGAGCUGCCGUCUAUGUACCAGCAGGGAGGCGGGGCUGGAGGAGAAGGGGGAGGAGGGGGGCAGGCGACGACGACGACAGCGGCGGCGUACGAGGAGGAUUCGCGGCUGUUGGCGCUGUCGUACGCCGGUGGCAGAGAUGGUAUGGAGAUUACGGAUCGGUUGAUUGAGGCGUUACCUGAGGUGUUGUCGGAUAGGGGGGUUGCGUAUCUGCUGCUGUGCGCGCAGAAUAAGCCGGAGGAGGUCAAGAGCAGGAUCAGGGGGUUGCCAGACGGGGCAUGGAAGGCAGAGACUGUCGGGACGAGCGGGAAGCAGGCCGGAUGGGAGAAGCUGCAGAUUGUGAGGAUAUGGCGGGAGUAA